UGAGCAAAAAUGUAAAACUUGCAAAAUUGGUUUAGUAUUACAUUUUCUAUUUUACAUUAUGUUUAGUGGUUACAUUUUUAAACAUUUGCAUUAUAUUAAUGACUCCAGCACUGGAAAAUAGCACAUUCAAGAAGAGGAAUAUUAAAUUGUAAGAACAAUCCCUAUCCCUGAGAGAUUUACAUACUGAGGAACUUUAUAUACUGUAUGAAAACACAGUGCCUACGCAAAAGCAAAUUCAGUCACACAUUGCUUAAUACACAAAUCUCACACGAUGCCCCUUUACCACUCCAGAAGCACCACCUCUCACUCCUCUCUCCAGCCCCUCUUUCAUUGCUGUGACCUACUGUAUGUUCUCAUGUUUAAUUGAAAUUAUACAUUUAGAUAAGUAUGCAGCUCAGCAGAUUUCGUUUAAAGAAAAUGGGACAGAAGGCCAUGAAGUCUAUGUACCAGUGGAAGUCUUUCACAAAGCCAGCGAGCACAUGAAGCAAGCAAAGACAAGUAACUGGGUAGUGAUCACAGUGUUUAAUGACACACUCUUGUUUCAGAAUUCAGAACAAGAUGAGAUCCUGGAAAACACUGUGAUAGGAGUGACAGUGGGGAGUGAUCCAAUCUUGAACCUCACAGACCGAGUCAGGGUAGCAUUCAAGCACAACAACGAGACCCGAAAUGGAAGUUGUGUGUACUGGGAAGAGGAUGAUGAUGAUGCAUCAUACGAAGAUGUCACAACAGAGUACAAUGCUACUAUGGAAUUUGCAGGAAAUUGGAGUGAAAAGGGAUGUGAAACCAACAAAACAAAUAACGCAUUUAUCUGUAACUGCAAUCACCUCAGUUUCUUUGCUAUAUUAAUGAAAGCAGAGACGCCCCACUCUUUAGAUGAAACCAACACUCAAGCUCUUCAGUACAUCACCUAUAUCGCAAGUGGAUCCUCUGUGCUGUUCACAGCCAUCACUAUUGCCUUGUACUUCUUGUUCUGGAAACGCAGGGCUGAGAAAUCCCUGGCUGUGCACGUCCACCUCAGUGGCAGCCUCUUCCUCCUGCACCUCCUCUUCCUCCUCAGUGUGGCGCUGGCGCAGGGCAGCAGUGAGGGGCUGUGCCUGGCGCUGGGCCUCCUGCUGCACUGGGCACUGCUGUGCUGCUUCACCUGGAUGGCCAUCGAGGGCUUCCACCUCUACAUGCUGCUGGUUAAGGUCUACAACAUCUACGUCCACAGAUACCUGCUGAAACUGAGCCUUGUAGGAUGGGGUGUUCCUCUUGUGGUAGUCACUGCGUGUGCUGCUGCUCAGAAGUAUGGCAGAUACAGGAUUCAAGGAGAGGGGGCUCUGAAUUCUACAUACAUGUGCUGGAUACAGGAUAGGACAGUGAACUACGUCACCAUCACGGCCUACUUUGGGAUGAUCUUCCUCUUCAAUGCGGUGAUGCUGGGCAUCACCGUGGUGAAGAUGCACAGGCUGAGACGGAGCCGGAUGCACAGAGAGGGGAGCUGGUGGAAAGACUGCAUGACAGUGCUGGGACUGGGCUGCGUGCUGGGCCUCCCCUGGGCUCUGGCCUUCUUCGCAUACGGACCACUGGAGCUUCCCGUCUUCUACAUCUUCACCAUCCUCAACUCCUUCCAAGGUCUGUUUCUCUUCCUGUGUCUCCUCGCUCUCGCCCGUCAGAGUUACAAAGAUGGAAGCUCUUCUGGGCCAGGAAGCUCUGCCCACACAUGAGGGAAUGUAUGAACGUUCAAGGAGGAGGAGGUUCCCUCACAACUUUUUAGCAUGGUGGAGCUGGGUCAUUGCUUUCUUCUCAAUUUCCAGACAUUGUCUUGAGACUUUGUGCCAGAACAUGUUUGUCGAAAACUCAAGUGGACUGUGGCAGCUCUACUCCCCAAACCCCAGUGUUAAUGCAGCAUUUUAGAAUUCAGAGUAGAAAGACUAAUUGUGCAUGGUGUCAUAUUGCAAAUUGAGUAUUUAUUUUUGUUGACUCCUGGCUGCUUCUGAAAUGACAUGCAUUUGUAUACACACAUUUACAUCUUUGAGUAACUCUUCAAAUAGGGUUCUGAAAGUGACUUUCACUUUAAAAGGAAGUCUGCUGGUAAUACAAACCUCUAAAUGGGAACAGUGGAAUUUCUGUUAAUCAAAACACAGAAGGGAAAAAAAUCGAGACACUGUCAGUAUCAAUUAAUGUGGAACCUGUAUCAUAUUUUGUGAAUAAAUCUCCUUUUAAAAAAAGAUUUGAAAAGUGAAACAUGGUGUAAUAAGGUCACAUGAGUGGUAGCUAGCAAAUAUUGCAUAAAAGCAGUGUAGAGCAGUGACUGGGGUUCUGGACUUGUAGUGGGAUGUUGUGGGUUCAAAUCCUAACUGAGAUAGUCCUGUUGUGUUCCUGAACAAGGUGCCUGAAUUGUUUUAGUACUUUACCCCACUAUAUAAAUGGAAGUAAACAUAAAUUGCUUUGGGUAAAAGCCAAAUUAGUUAGUAUAGUAAGUAAUAGACACUCCCUUACUUAUGAUAAAUGUGGUAUAACUACUUUUCAACUAAGGGGGCUGGAGUCUGAGAGGAUAUCUCAUUCAAGUACUGUGUGUCUGGGGUAAUUGUAUUUAGCCAGAAAGUCUCCAGGAGAUCAAGAUCUCUUUUUUAAACAAGACCUAGUCAGAAAGGCAACAAAAAUAAAAUGUAUCCAUUUAUACUAACAUGAAGAGAAGAAGAACAAUUUGACAAUAAAUCCAUUUAAAUGACUAUUAGGUCUAUUUUAAGAAUAAAAACGUACAUUAAACAAGUACAUUUAGCAAUAAUACAUUCACCUGUAAUUCCUUUUAAGCCUUUCAAAGGUAUGAGGUCAGAAAACAUUACAUCUUUCUGAAGAAAAUUCCAGUACCAGGCAGCAAAAUAGCUAAAAGCAUUUUUUCCAUAUUCAAUACAUAGGUUUUGAACUGUAAGUUGUGCUAUAGGCAUGCAUAUACAGAAUAUCACCAUACUAUUGUUGUACUCCUAGGUGAAUAAUUUUACUCCAGUUGCUCCAGUCAAUUAUCAAAAUAAAAGGCAUGUAACACCAGCUCUUUCUCCACUGCAAAUGAAAAGCAUGAUUUUGUCAUUAAGGUGAAUCCUGUAUUACCCAGAUAAGCAGCAAGCAGUGGUUAGCAAAUGGUUCUCAGUCCCUUUGCCUGGACACUGGCAGUGAUUCAUGUGGUACAGAUAAGCCAGCAAUUGUUUAUUGAUGAGCAACCUCAUUUUACUUUAGGCUCCUGUGAAUGGCCUUUUUUCACUGAAUAGAACAAUUAGGUCCAUAACUUAUUCAUGUCCAUUUCUUCUUAUGCAAUGGCUUACUGUAUGUUGAUUAUAGGUUAGUUUCCUAAAGAACAAAUACAUUUUACAGAAUACAAUUAUUGAGAUGAAAAAGUAAUUAGUUUACGCUGCUGCAAAAGGCUUUAAGAUAUGGUCUUCAAAAUGCUGAAAUUCACAGCUUAUAUGUACUGUAAGUAAACUUCUACACUGAUUUUGGCUCAGUUUAUAAGGUCAGGUCAAUCAUACCAAUAAAAUCAUGGUUAAAACAUUGUUUACAUGUCACUUUGCUCUGAAGUACAUGUACUGUUGUGC